AUGUCACAGAGAAAACUGCAGCAGGAUAUUGAUAAGCUGCUUAAGAAAGUUAAAGAAGGACUUAUUGAGUUCGAAGAAGUUUAUGACAAGUUUCAAUCAACCGACCCUGAAAACUCGUCUCAUAGGGAAAAGCUGGAGUCAGACCUUAAAAGAGAAAUCAAGAAGCUUCAGAAGCAUCGCGAUCAAAUAAAGACCUGGUUGAGCAAAGAGGAUGUGAAGGACAAGCAGGAUGCGUUGAAGGAAAACAGACGGGCGAUUGAGAAUGGGAUGGAAAGAUUCAAAUCUGUGGAGAAACUGAUGAAGACGAAACAGUUUUCCACAGAAGCAUUGACGAACCCGGAUAUCAUCAAAGAUCCGCGUGAAUUGAAGAAGAGGGACCAGUUCGUUUUCAUUCAGGAUUGCCUAGACGAGUUGCAGAGACAGCUUGAAAGUUAUGAAGCUCAGGACCAGCAUGAGCAGGUUGAGAGACAUGAAUUUCAUAUUCACAAUCUGGAGAACGUCUUGAAGCUUCUGCAGAACAAUGAAAUGGAACCGGAAACUGUGGAAGAGUAUCAGGACGACAUAAAGUAUUACAUCGAGAACAACGAUGAGCCGGAUUUCAUAGAGUACGAUACGCUCUAUGAAGAUAUGGGGUGCGAGAGCAAGCCUAACCAGGAGGAUAACAAGGAGGUAUCGUCAUCGAUUGCCAUUUCAUCGUCCGCAACCGCCGCUGGCACUGUAGCCACCACGAUAUCCACUAUUCCUACCACCGGAAACAACAACGCUUCAUUGAAGCAAGUUAAGAAGACAGAGCGUUCUCCAAAAAAGAAAGCACAGCAUCAGGGAGUGACAUCCACCGCCAGCACUCCAACACGAGGAACACCGGUUCCAGUCAGCCCGCAGUCACCCAGUCCCGAAAGUGCUGGAUUAUCACAUCCCAAUAACGGCACGAGCAAUUCCACUAAGAAAAGCGAGACGGACUGUGCACAAUCCAGGGAAGAACUUCCAUUUCCGCCAGAUAAAUCCGAGCAGAUCAGUCAGCAAAUUGAGCGCGAUAUCAAAGAUAACGAUGCUUUCAAAAACCCGCUGUUCGGCGAAGGUUUAAAGUACUGGCUCAAUUCUAAGAGGCCGCUAAUGCAGCCAUAUAAUGAUAUGCCAGAGCGGAUGGUAUCGCAAUUGGAGUCAUCUUUGCUGAACUGCCCUGAUUCAUUAGACGCAGAUUCGCCGCAUUUUUAUAGAAAGCCUCUUUCCUUGCCGCAUCCGACUUCAAUUUUCUUUCCUAAUGAGCCCAUCAGGUUUGUGUAUCCCAACGAUAAUGGUCCAUUCCACGCUCAGAAUCAGUCAGAAGAGCAAUUACAGAAUAGCAAGAAUGGAGAGAGCGAUCAGUCAGGUCAGAGUCACAGUUGGAAGACUGAACAAAACUCAGGCGAGGAUAUAUAUUCCAGGACGUCCUUGGCCAAAAUAUUUACCAAAUUCGACCUUGAUACGCUAUUUUUCAUCUUCUAUCAUUACCAGGGAACUUAUGACCAGUUCCUGGCCGCAAGGGAACUGUCGAAGAAUCGAAAGUGGAGAUUCAGUAAGAAAGACCGCUGUUGGUACUAUAAAGAAGUAGAAAAGCUCCCUCCAGGACUACCCCAGUCAGAGGAAGAGUCCUGGAGGUAUUUCGAUUACCAGGGAAGCUGGUUAGCAAGGCGUUGUAACAAUGAUAUGGUCCCCAAGGAAGAAGAUUUCGAAAAGAUCUUCUAG